AUGCCUGCUGCGGAGUCAUCCACGCUUAUUGGUUUCCUCCAGCAGCUCCGGGGAACACUUGUGGAGAUUGAGUUGCUGAACUCUUCCAUCGUCUCUGGUGAAAUCACAUUUGUGGAACCGAGCAUGAACACGCACAUGCGUCAUGUGAAGAUCACGGCAAAGGGGAAAAAUCCGGUGCAGGCAGAGACGUACGUGGUGCGGGGGAACUCCAUCCGCUUCGUGAUUCUCCCCGAGGCGAUGAACACAGACGACGUGCUGAAUAAAGCGACCGCCGCGCAGAAAAAGACGAAGAAAUAA